AUGGCGACGAGGAGGUUUGUUUUGAAGGUGUAUGUAUCUGCGAAGCACAUGACGGCGAAUGUAGUGGAUUGGCAGCACCGGAGGGUGGUGGCGAGUGCGUCGACGGUGGAGAAAUCAAUAAGUGACGCGUUUGAGUUGGGGAGAAGCUGUAAUGUUAAAGCGGCGGCGUCUAUUGGGGAGGUGUUGGCGAUGAGGCUGAAGACGGAGGAGGCGGGAAUUGGAAUGGGAGGUGGGGUCCACAUGGAUGUUGAGAAGGAGAUUGAGAAGAAGAGUGUGGAUACUGGACCUGAGGUUUGGGCUGUUGUUGAUGCUUUGAGGAAGAGAGGUGUUAAGGUCUUCGUCGAGAAUGAGUACCGUGUUACUAAAUCGUAA